AUGGCAAUGGCAGUCGAUAACCGUCAGCAACCCCAGCUAAGCAGCAUGGGUUACGAACACAUGCGCUACCCUCAACAACAACCACACUUCACCAACCCGUGGGUGUCUACUGGUGCCUCGCAGCAGCAACUGUACCAGACCACCGUUGCACCCAAUGUCGACGCGCAGCGGCCUACCAGCAUUGCCAUCCCGUACCACGGUCUGCCGGUCACAGCUCCUCCCAUGGGACAAGGUAUUACUCUCCCGGAUGGCACUUUCGGAACACAAAACUUACUUGAUGCCUCUGAAGAUCUCAUGUCGCGGUACCCAACCGGUUAUACUACUUCUGGGUCACCUCCAAACCAAACAUAUGCUCCAACUUCAGCGCCCUACUCUCAGGUGGAAUAUGGCAACACAGAACGGAGCCCGUACGCAUACCAACAGGAUGCUUCCCGCCGCUCUUCACACCCGUCAGUCCCCUCAAUAGCCUUCUACGAGUCCGUAGAAAGCGCGGCCCAACGACAACGCCAAAGUUCACUUGUUGACUUUAGCAGAAUGAACACACAGCAACCGCGCAACAGCUUUAGCGACGCGCUUGACGCGAGCCGUGGUAUGGUCUCCCUGAGCCAGUCAGACAUUACCCCAAGGAAUAUCUAUGGCUCUCAAGGAACUAGCCGCAGCUCGACCGAUUCAUACGGUUUCCCCUCAGCACACUCGACACACUCGUCAAUCUCGUCAGGCAGCUAUGGCCCUAACGGAUACUACGGUGGUGAUGGCUCUGUGACAGAUUACAGCUCUGCCUCCGAGUCUGUUGACCUGAGCAACUCGCGCACUCUGCCCCGCCCCAACGCGCUUCUAGGAGCAAACAUGCCUCCAGCGCCCGCUUCAAUGAUGAGCCAGUUCAGCUCAAAGGUGUCUUCCAGCUCGCAAAAGAAGCACAAGUGCAAGAUCUGCGACAAGCGUUUCACACGACCAAGUUCGCUACAAACACACAUGUACAGCCAUACCGGCGAGAAGCCCUUCGCGUGUGAAGUUGAUGGCUGCGGCCGGCACUUCUCUGUCGUCUCGAACCUCAGGAGGCACCGAAAGGUUCACAAGAACGACGGCAGUAUCGAUCAUCCCUCACCGGAAAGUGUCGAUCACUAG